UGCGAGAGAGGGGUGCUGGCAUACAUCUAGGUAUAAAACGCCCAACAUGGAGCGCGCGGCUCGCAGUACCUUCCACGACCUGAGCCAAGUGCGGUCGAACUCUCCCAUAAUGCAGCUGACACACGCGAUAUUAUUUGUAGCUUUGGUCGCAUCGACGUUUGCAAGACCAAAGCAAGAACAACCAACAGAAACAAACAGACUCGACGAGCCCUUGACCGAUCCUGAGCUAAGGAGGACCCUUCUUAGGGUAUUCGCCGAAUCCUUGAAGGCAGCUGCUGAGGCUGGAAUUCAAGCUGCAAAGAAAUCUGAUUCGGGCGCUGCCGACCUGACGCCGCCUUCGCAGGACGCCACUUCGGCAGAGGGCUUUGAUGACGAUAGCUCAGCUGACGAACUGCUCAUCCUGAGCGGUGACUCGAGCACUUCUGAGCGAACCCUGGAAGCCCUGCCGCAGGUUGCGACCUCCGAGACGCCGUUCCUGGUGCGUGUGGAGAGUGAACAGCCUUCAGAAACACGAGAAACACGUGAGUCAGCCUCAUCACCCACAGUAUCCACAUCACGAACCACCAACAUCCACCGGUCCAUUUGGAUUUACACUUCACCCCAGCAGACAGAAUCAGACGAAGUCAGCACUACAGAGCGCAUCACUGGGGACCUGUCAUCCCCGGCGCCGAGUCCAGCCCCACCACAGCCGACAGUGACCGUGGAAAACGUGGCCAGCCUCUCGCCCAGCGACUCAGUCGACGUGCAGAAGUUCGUCAGCGCCGUCAGCAGGACCACGGACGAAUCGCUCGGCUCGGGCGUCGAAUUCUACAAGGCACCGCUGAUCGCCGCCUUUGGCCUGCUGCAGGAGGAGAACACUGGAAAGACGCGCAACCUGAUCGCCUACCCUGUCCCUGAGGGUGUCUCUGACCAGCUCCUCAGAAACGAGAGACUGACCCUGAGCGUGGCCGGCCAGGUCGCCGGCCGUCAGGGCGUCACCUUCUCGCACCAACCGACCCCUGAGGCGUCGUUCGUCGUGCAAAGGUCGCAGAACCUGCAGCAGCAACCGUCCUUCCAGCCCAGCCUCUUCGGCGGCCCUAACGACGACACCCUGAGGAGGCUGGAGAAGAGGCAGCAGCUGCUACAGGAGCAGCUGGUUAGCAUCCAGAGGGAGAGAGAGGCGUUGCAACGCUCUUACCGACCCACAAGGAGUGAAACCUUGGUGCCCGCCGAGUCCAACAAUGUCUUCAUCACCAGGAGUCUGCCCAUUUACCUCCAGCCGCCAUUCUUUUAAACGCUCAAUUUUCCCCACACAUAGAAUUUGAGGCGAGGAGGAAAGUGUAGUAAUUUUUUUAGUCAAAUUUGUUCCCAGGAAUUUUGGAUUUCGCAAAGCUUUUUGUUACCUGAUCUUUUCCUCCGAGCCAACAACGAGAUUUUUCAAUAAUUUAUGUCAGGUUACCUAAUCAAAGCCUUCGCCACGGAGAGGCCAACUGUGUUUUAUUAACUGGAACCAUAACAUUUUACAACAAAUACAUGAAUGCCAUACGAACAAAAUAGCCGCGAGAGAAUGAGAUGCGAGUUGAUCGAUUGAACACACUGUUAUUCUCACAAAAACCUUGAUUUAUUUUUCUGCAAAUGUUGUAAAUAAAGAUGGUUUGAAAGCAGAAUUUAA